UCCAAUAAGCGUUCUGAUGAUGAUGCGUUUGGACGUGGUGUUAAUAGCUAUGGUGCUGUGCGUAGGGAAGCCGACAUUCACCAGUGCUGAGAUAAUAGUUAAAGCCACAACGACUCGGUGCCACUCGCCCGCUUUUCUUAUGUACGAAGGAAUGAUGAGAGCAUACCUGGAGGGCUACCAAUCACUCACAACCAUAAUCGGGGACGACAUGGUGGAUAAUGCCAUCAUUGAGGCGAUCAAGUGUCACCGGGUUACUAAACUUCAGGCUUCCUAUAAACUGUACACCGUUGAUACCUACUUCCAGUCGGUUGAAAGAGAUCGAAACGAUCGGAACUAUGGCUACAAUCUUAACCCCUACCCGCUCUGGGAAGCGUUCCACUGUGAAGCAAAUGUGUCGUUGAUUAUGGAGCAAGUGCUACCGGCGAUUGCGUUUCGCAAUCCAGUAGCGCGAGUGAUUCUGCUCAUUCGUGGCAUUGCCAAGUACGACAUGAUGCAGCUCUUUCGACGAGCCUGGACGCGUUUCAAGAUGUUGGAUAUUCUCAUACUGAGUCGCAUCGACUAUCGAACGAUACUGGUGUGCCUAUUCAAUCCUUACCUGUCCAAUCGGGAUGAAGUGUUGGACGAAAAGAAUAUGUUAUGCUACCAUCUAAGAACUAUGGAGGAUGUCCUUCUGUUUAAUAAGGAGGUUCAAAGGUUCACCUACGAACGCAUUACGAACCUUCACCGGUACCCGUUGAAGAUUGCCAUCACGGAUGUUGAGCUGAUGUCGAAGGCAGUUUACUUUGCCAAUGGAACGCUUCGUCGCUACCAAUAUCUCGACGGAGAAAUUGUGGAAAUUAUGCGGGAAAGGAUGAACUUCACCAUAAACUUCAACCAACUCAACUACCAAGAGUCGGUAGGUUUCAUCUCCUCGAACGGCAGCUUAGGUGGAACGCUACAGAUGCUGGAACACAACACCAUCGAUCUGGCGGCCAACUCACGCUCCAUCAUGCAGCACCCAAUGCGCAACUUGCAGUACGUCCACUUCCUUUGUCCUAUCCGGUUGAUCUUCGUAGUUCCGAUUAACUUCUUUCGCGAUCGUUACAAGGUGGUCUUUUUCCACACAUUUUCCCUGCAAAUGUAUUCAACCAACUUUGCCAUGGCCAUCUUGCUACCGUGCCUGUUGCUAGUCCUGAUGCGCCGCGAGUUUUCGGCGGCUGCAUACAUGAAGGAGACGUUUCGCAUACUUGCGGUUGUGUUUUCGUGCAGCAUUCGUCUACCUCGUAACAACCGACACCGGCUGGUGUUGAUGGGCCUCAUGUUUUACAGCAUAGUGGCAUACUCGGCCUGGCAAGGCAUCACCAUCAUUCAGCUCAACCUGGACGAUGAAAAACUGCGCAACAUUCAAACGCUGGAAGAGCUGGUUGAAACGAAACUGCAACUGAAGGCAAUCGUAUCGUUCGGUAAUGCGAUACGUGGCAAGGUUUGGAACAGUAGUGAUGUGCGGGGUCGUAUAGCGGCUCGGCUCGAUGUGCAGUGGACACCGUCGAACAUCAGCAUUAUUCCGGAGGUGGCCAACAAUCGAACGUCCGCGGUUCCUAUUAUUGAGUACUUUGUAGAGGUGGUGAGAUCUCGCUACUUUGACCCGUUACGCAAGCAGAGCAAAGUGUACUUCAUACAGCAACCGUUUAUCGAGUAUCUGACAGCGAUGGCACUGCCGAAGAAUUCACCGCUCUUCCCCACAAUUCGUCGUUUGACCAUGAACUGUCUCGAAAAUGGGAUAGUGAACCAUCAGCUGUCGCUCAUAAGACAGAAGGGUGUUCUGUUGCAGAUUGCACAGAUCCGGAACAAGACGCUGCGUGAUGAGCCUCCGGCCAGAAGGGUAAACCUUUUCAACAUGCGCAUUGUAUUUUUGGUAUAUUUGCUGAUGAACGGAGUUGCUAUUGUGGUGUUUUUAUGCGAAAUAGGAUAUCAUCGAUAUAAACAAAAGGAAGCGAAUGCAAGAAGAAAGCGUCGCCGGGCACGGGUACGACGUCCUUCUAUCGUAUGGCCGUACAUAGAGUGAUGGGCAGAAGCGGCAUUUAUAGAAAUAAAUAUACUUUUUUUUUAGUUUUUUUCAACUGAAUCAACUGUUGAUUUUCAAAUACAGCAAUACAGCUAAGCCGUCCUUAAGUAUUUUUCAUGUAGAAUAUUAUUAUUUAUAAGCAAUACGGCCAGGCCGUUCUU